AUGUCACUUCCAGAUAAAGUUGAACUUGCCAUUCGUCAAAUUGAACGUGAUUUCUACAUUGAUGAUGAUUACCUCAUUAAAGCAUCAGAAUACUUUCUUCAAGCAAUGGAUGCUGGUUUAAAAGCACCUAAACAGUCAAGAGAAAACAUGCCAAUGAUCCCAGCUCAUGUUUCCAAGAUCCCUACGGGUAAGGAGAAGGGAUUGUUUUUAGCUGCUGAUUUAGGAGGUACAAAUUUCAGAGUUUGUUCAAUUGAUUUGAAAGGUGAUCAUACAUUUGAAUUAAAACAAAGCAAAUACAGAAUACCUCCAGAGUUGAUGAAGUGUAAGAAAGCUGACGAUUUGUUUAGUUAUUUGGCUUCCAAGAUUGAAGUGUUUUUAGAAGAACAUCAUGAUACUGCUAAAGUCAAAACUUCGGAACCAUUAAAGUUGGGAUUCACUUUUUCAUUCCCUGUGGAUCAAACUGCUUUGGGUAAAGGUACUUUGAUUAGAUGGACUAAAGGAUUUGACAUCCCUGAUGCUGUUGAUAGGGAUGUGGUUGAUUUAUUGCAGGCUAAUUUGACGGUAUUAGAAGUUAAUGUCAAAGUUGUUGCCUUGGCUAAUGAUACGGUAGGAACAUUGUUAUCAAGAGCUUAUCAAAAUGAUCCCAAAUUGACCAAUUCAAAUACGGUUAUUGGGUGUAUUUUCGGAACUGGUACCAAUGGUGCAUAUUAUGAAACAAUCACAAACAUUCCCAAAUUAACCAAUCCCCCAAAAGCAGCACAAGGUAUGGUUAUCAAUACUGAAUGGGGGUCGUUUGACAAUACAUUGAAAAUUUUACCAAAUACAUUAUUUGAUGAAAUUGUUGAUAAGGAAACUGCCAACAAGGGGUACCACUUGUUUGAAAAGAGAAUUAGUGGAAUGUUUCUUGGUGAAAUUUUGAGGGUUGCGUUAUUGGAAUUGUUUGAACGUGGAUUGAUUUUCCAAGAGUUGUACAAGGAAAGAGGCGGAAGUUUACCUCAUCGAAUUACUGAACCUUGGUUAUUAGAUGCUGAAGUAUUAUCAUAUAUCCAAAUUGAUGAUUCAACUGAUUUGAAAAUGCUGGGGUUAAUUUUACAAAAUACAUUGAGAUUACCAACCACUAAACAUGAGAGAAUUGUCAUUCAACGACUUACAAGAGCCAUUUCCGAAAGAGCUGCUAAAUUAUCGGCUAUCCCCUUGGCUACUAUUGUUCGUAGAGUUAAAGACCAAUACAAGGAUGAUGACAAGGAUUUUGAAGUUGGUUGUGAUGGAUCCGUUGUUGAGUUUUACCCUGGGUUUAAGGAGGCUAUAUUGAAGGCUAUUGAAGUGAUUAAUCCAUUGGAAGGAACUCACAAGAGGGUGUAUUUGAGAAUUGCUAAAGAUGGAUCCGGUGUUGGAGCUGCUUUAUGUGCUGCAAUGGCUUGA